UUGCCGUUUGCUUAACUCCCUUCCUCGUCACGGCUGGUCACGGCGAAACGGCACGGCGUUUGUGACCAAGUUGUCGUGCACCUUUUUCCUUUCCCAUUACAUGUUUUAUUUGUUUACAAUUUACGUCUGAAGUGAAAAGCAUCGUUGUCAGCAAUGGCUGCUUCGACAGAUUUAUCAAACGUUAACGGAUCUUCAAACUCAGACAGCACUUCAUCGUCACCACCACCACCCCCUGUACCUCCUGAGGAGAUUAGAGACACUGCUAUAGAAGAGAUGGAGAAUGGUGUUGGUGAAGUUCAUAUCAAGGCCAUUAAGCGAGAAGCUGAAAAUGGGGUCAAGCCGGAAAACGGAGAGCCAGCAGCCAAAAUCAAGAGAGAGAGUGUUCACGCAUCAGAACCACUCUACGACCUAAAGCAGGAUGGUCAACUUCUUGCUGGUGUCGGUGCAAGGUCAACUCUUCAAGGUAUACUAGGUGCUGGAUUACCUAAACUGUAUUCUGAACAGCAAGAAAAUGUAGCAAGGUCAAAGAAAUAUGCAAUGGAACAAAGUAUUAAAAUGGUCUUGAUGAAGCAGACCCUUGCACACCAACAACAGAAAGCCAAGUCGUUCCAUCGGCAACAAGCUUUAGUUCUCAUGUGCAGGGUUUAUGUUGGGAGCAUCAGUUUUGAACUGAAGGAAGACACAAUCAGACAAGCAUUCCUUCCGUUUGGCCCUAUAAAAUCCAUAAAUAUGUCUUGGGAUCCAGUAACACAAAAACACAAAGGUUUUGCGUUCGUUGAGUAUGAAAUUCCAGAAGCAGCCCAAUUGUCUCUAGAACAAAUGAAUGGAGUUAUGAUUGGUGGCAGGAACAUCAAAGUUGUGGGCCGUCCCAGCAACAUGCCUCAAGCACAAUCAGUCAUUGAUGAAAUUACAGAAGAGGCCAAACAAUACAAUAGAAUUUAUAUUGCAUCCAUUCACCCUGACUUGACUGAAGAUGACAUAAAAAGUGUGUUUGAAGCAUUUGGUCCCAUCAAAAGCUGCAAACUAGCUGCAGGUCCUACUCCAAACAGACACAAAGGAUAUGCUUUCAUUGAGUAUGAGACUCAGCAAGCAUCCCAAGAAGCAAUAGCCUCUAUGAAUUUAUUUGACUUAGGGGGGCAAUAUCUUCGUGUUGGACGUGCUAUCACUCCCCCCAAUGCUUUGCAGGCUAGACCCCCUAAUCCAACUCAAGGUGCAAAUCUGAUGCCAACUGCCGCUGCUGUUGCUGCAGCUGCCGCCACUGCCAAGAUUCAAGCCAUGGAUGCUGUGGCAACAAACGCUGUAGCUUUAGGUAUGGCAAAGCUUAACUCGUCCCUCGGGGCUCAAGCGGUUGCUGGCAUUGGUGGCCCCCUGACUGCAAUUCCAAGUGUACUCGGAAACCCAGCCCUUCUUGCAGCAGCUCAACAACAGGCGGGCCUACUUAACAGUGGGCUUGCUGCAGCACCUGCUGCUGUCAUUCCACCACCAGGAAUAGCCAUUCCACAGCUAAGGGCACCUGCACAGAUCCAACCAGUUGCUCUGGGUCAGUCCAUUACUCUCCCGCCUCCAGCUGUAGUAACUCCGACUGCUGUUGGUCAGCCUGUAGCACAAGCACAGGAUGCUUUCAAAAGGGCUCAAGAACAAGCCCAACAGAAACAGCAGGAGGAGCUCCAGAAAAAGCUUCUUGAAGAGGCUGAACCGCAAACACUCAGUGCCCAAGAAAAUAUAUCAAUCAAGGGACAAAGUGCCCGACAUUUAGUAAUGCAGAAGUUGAUGAGAAAAGUUGAGAGUCGUGUAGUUAUUUUAAGAAAUAUGGUUGAACCAGAGGAUGUAGAUGAGACAUUGCAAGAAGAAAUACAAGAUGAAUGCAGCAAGUAUGGUGCUGUUGAAAGAGUAAUCAUUUAUAAUGAGAGGCAGUCAGAAGAAGAAGAUGAAGAUGCAGAAGUAAUAGUUAAAAUAUUUGUAGAAUUUUCACAGAUGAGUGAGGCUGAAGGUGCCAGAGAUGGUCUUAAUGGGAGAUUUUUUGGAGGAAGAAAAGUGAUAGCUACCCUUUAUGAUCAAGAUCUGUUUGAUCAUAAUGACUAUUCAGGCUAAUAAUAUUUGUAUUAUGUUUGUUUGUAAUGAUUUGUUCAAGGGUUUUGUCAGCACCCUUUCAAAGCUAUUUAGCUUUGGCAUGUAUAUAUUUUUAAGCUUUGAGAUAUGCAUGUGUAACUGUCUGCUUUAUGUAGGUCAAACAAAUCCGACCAGUCCUUCAACAAUUUUGUCAUGUUCCACCUUGAAUGGCUGAACUGAAACUCACAUUGCAUCCAUCCAAUCCUAUAUCAUAUAGCUCCCCCCCCCCCUUUUUUUUUGUUGAUCCCCGCCUAUUUACUUUCAUUUUGUAUGUUCUUAACUUUUUGUUACAUUCAAGAUUUAUUUGGUUGGUAAAUUUUUGUUGACCUAUCAAAGAUGAAUUAAUUUCUGUUUUACAUUUCCAUUUUAAUUGUGGAUACAUGAUAGAUGCAGAUGACUGACUACAAUGGUACUGUUUCACUUGCUUCUUUGAUGAUCAUGAGCACAUAAUUGGCUGCAUUUUAAGUGUUGCCAUGUUUAUAAAGGAAUAAUAAAGUCAAAAUCACCUGUUGAUGUUUUUAAAACAA